CAGUGCCCUGCUCGAGGAGCUGGAGCACGGCAGGGUGCAGCUCCCCAAAAUGACUGGCCAGCACAGUUGGGGAUAUGGGCAGGAUGACGGACCUUCAGAGUGGCACAAAUCCUACCCUAUUGCCCAGGGGAGCCGCCAGUCCCCCAUUGAUAUUGUUUCUGCAAGAGCAGUUUAUGACCCAAAUCUGAAGCCACUGAUCAUCUCCUAUGAGUCGUGCACAUCCCUCAGCAUCUCCAACACUGGCCAUUCAGUUAUGGUGGAGUUUGAAGAUACUGAUGACAAGGCAGCAAUCAGUGGUGGGCCCUUCCAGAACCCAUUUCGGCUGAAGCAGUUCCACUUUCACUGGGGGAGAACGCACAGCCAGGGCUCAGAGCACACAAUUGAUGGCAAACCUUUUCCCUGUGAGCUCCACUUAGUUCAUUGGAAUGGCAGAAAAUAUGCAACAUUUGGAGAAGCAGCAGCAGCUCCAGAUGGCCUGGCAGUAGUUGGUGUUUUCUUGGAGAUUGGGAAAGAACAUGCUGGUAUGAACAGACUCACUGAUGCUUUGUACAUGGUAAAAUUUAAAGGAACAAAAGCUCAGUUUGGAAGCUUCAACCCUAAAUGUCUCCUGCCCUUGAGUCUUGAUUAUUGGACAUACCUUGGCUCUCUGACAACCCCACCCCUUAAUGAGAGUGUAACGUGGAUAGUGCUGAAAGAACCCAUCAGAAUUUCUGAGAAACAGCUGGAGAAGUUCCGGAUGCUCCUUUUCACCAGCGAGGAGGACCAGAGGGUCCAAAUGGCAAAUAACUUUCGCCCCCCUCAGCCUCUAAAGGGGAGAGUUGUCCGAGCUUCCUUCAAGGCCUGAGGAAAACUCACAGUAGCCCUGGGAUAUCCAAGAGCUUCCACAUCUGAGAUACCACAAACAGAAACUCUGGUCCUCAGACCACUCAUGGAACACACAAGAUAAGCAUUUCCAUGAACACUCUGCUUGGAGGGGGACAAUCUGCUGGUUUUCUGUUUUAUUUGAAGUGCUCAUUCUUCUGAGAAAUGGGAUCUUUGUAACAAGCACUAUUUAAUAUAAGGGAUAGCUGAGUAAACUAGACUGUUGUCCGAGACCUGAAACUCUAAAACAAAAUUAAAAUGCAAUUAAAAUCCAACUUGAUAUAAAAUGGGAAAUUAUGUAGUGAUCUACUAGUACAAUAAUGGUCUCAUUCAAUACAUGAGGAAACAGUAAUGAAGAAUUUUGGGUAAAUUGGACUUAAAUUUUCCUUACCAAUCUGUUGUAAGCAUUUGCUGAGCUCUGAUUUAAACAUUGCUUGCACUGUAUUCUUGCUGUCUGUUGACAGAGUGCACAAGUAGCACUAGAGAAAAGUUCUUUACUUGCCUCGGGUAGGCACUGGUAUGAAAACUAGAUAUAUAUUUUAAAUUUACUGCUCUAAGAUCCUAUUUUAUAAUUCAAAGUACCAAUGUAAAUGCUGUGCUUAAAAGCAGACCAUUUUAUUGCAGUGUUGUUUAGCCCACAGGUCAUACAGGACUGUGCUGCCCUGGUCAGUCUGGGUGAAGAGUACAUCUUGAGCAAUCCAGAUGUGUGCUUUGUGGUCCUAAACUGCUCAAAGUCUACCUCAGUUCAGUGCUAUGCUCUGCAAUAUGACCUCCUUUGUUGUCUGUCCUACAGAUAAGGGGUGUUUUGUUUACUUUAGGGACCCAGUGGGUAGAUCUGGGCUGCACUGAGUGUGCACUGCUGCACAAAUCCCUUCCCUCUGGCUGGCAGGGAUCUCCCUGCACACCCUCCUGAGUCCUUUUACCUCUUCAAAAGCAAGUUGCUUUAGAAAAGCCAUGUGUUGGUAUUACAGCUCGUGCAGCUUAGUGACAAAUUCAGGCUCUGGUACUAAAUACUGUGAUGUGACCUGUGAUUACCCACAGUCUGUUGUCAGCUACUUUAAUUCUGAGCUUCAAAUGGCCUGUUUUGUGUGUAUAGAUCAGAGAGAAAGUGAUUUUAGCACUUUCCUCCAGCUUAGGUGGGGAAAUCAAAGAUGUACAAUGCAAAGGAAAGCUGGGGAAGAGGGAGAACAGCAGCUACUGUGGGCUGUUUCCCUGUCUCAGAGAGGGAGAAAGACACUGGGUGUGGGACAUAGUCUAGCAAGGAAUGGAAGACCAGACUUCUAGCCUUCAGCUCUGGUUUUCCUGCUACAUUGACCUGGAACUUUGUGUUCCUCAGUUUCCUCUUACAUAAAAAGAGGGUGACACUGAUCUACCUCACAGGGAUGUUGUGAGGGCUAAUUCAGCAUUGGCUGAGAUGUGAGAUUCUUACACACCAGAUGCUCAAAGCAACGGGAAAUCCUUACAGGCUGCAAUGGUUUUAGCUGUUAUGAAUGUAACUUUGCUAGUAAUGCAAACUGGUGUUGCAGAAAAUCUAUUUAAUGUAUCUUAUUUCUUUAACAAAUGAAAUAAAUGAGACUUUAAAACCAA